ACGCCUCGAGUGGCGGUUGUUUCAAGAUGGCGGGCGCGGCGGGCCCCUCCCUGCCGGGCUCCGCGUUCUGGAGCCGCGACUUUUCUGAUGAAGAACAAUCAGUGGUUUAUGUUCCAGGAAUCUCCACAGAAGGACAUACAAGAUCAAGACUCAAGUUGAUAAAUCCAAAAGUUGAUGUUAAAGUUAAGGCUUCUAGGGUGACUGAUGCUUCCAUCUCCGUGGAGUCUUUUAAAGGUGCAGGAGAUUCAGUAGCCGAACCGAAUUUCUGCAAGAGAGGAAUGAAGAGUGCAUCAUUGAAAGAUUUAUGUCUUGAAGACAAAAGACGCAUUGCCAACUUAAUUAAAGAACUGGCCAGAGUAAGUGAAGAAAAGGAGGUAACAGAGGAACGACUGAAAACUGAGCAGGAGUCCUUUGAGAAGAAGAUCCGGCAGUUGGAAGAACAGAAUGAACUGAUCAUCAAAGAAAGGGAAGAUAUCCUUUUGAAAGUUUCUUUCAUUUUAUGUCCAGCAGAUUUCACUCUUUUAUGAGGAAACUAAA